UUAUUUUCCAAGCGAGGUCACGGCACCCUCUGGUUUCACAUUCUGUCCCUUUAAGAAGCCCGGGUGAAGGGAGAGAGCGCUGCCGGGAAGGAAGGCGGAGCAGGAGGUCAGGAGGGGCGGGGACAAGGGCGCUGGUAGCAGGCUACGCCGGGAACUCUGGAUCCCGAGUGCAGUUGUAAAGAAAGCGUCAAAAGAGGCGCAAAGGCAAAGUGACAGGCUUGCCCUGUGCUUUGCUCCUCAGGGUGGUGUUAGCACAGACAGAGGUCCAGUGACUCCAGCUGAGAUCAGUUUGGCAACCAGACUCUUUCCCCAGGAGAAGCAGCUCUUAGCAAGAGCAACACCAGCAUACCUGUGCUUUGGAACCAGACUGAUGGCUUUGAGCCCAGGCUGGAGAGUGUUUGCAUCAUUUUCCAUGAACCACUAUGUUGUCCUCUGGAAGGCUGUGAGAAGCAGUGGCUUCCUCUUGUUUCCUUGGGGUCACUGCCCCUGGAGAGGAACUGGAAGCCUUUUGGACCCUAAGAUGAAAGCUUUCCUGGAAGAGAACACUGAAGUCACCAGCAGUGGCACCCUCACCCCUGAAAUCCAGUUGCGGCUUUUGACCCCCAGAUGCAAGUUCUGGUGGGAGAGAGCUGACCUGUGGCCCCUCAGGGAUCCUUACUGGGCAAUCUACUGGCCAGGGGGCCAAGCCCUAUCUAGGUAUCUUUUGGAUAAUCCUGAUGUUGUCAGAGGAAGAUCUGUGUUAGAUAUUGGGAGUGGAUGUGGAGCUACAGCCAUUGCUGCUAAGAUGAGUGGAGCCUUAAGGAUCUUGGCCAAUGACAUAGACCCUAUUGCAGGAAUGGCUAUUACACUAAAUUGUGAGUUGAACCAACUGAAUCCUUUUCCCAUUUUAAUCAAAAACAUUUUGGAUUUGGAACAAGAUAAGUGGGACCUUGUUGUGCUUGGAGAUAUGUUUUAUGAUGAAGACCUUGCAGACAGUCUGCUUCAAUGGCUGAAGAACUGCUUUGAGACCCACAGAACUCAAGUACUGAUUGGUGACCCUGGGCGACCCCAAUUCAGUGGACAUAGCAUUCAGCAUCAACUGCACAAAGUAGCAGAAUAUUCACUUCCAGAGCCUACAAGGCAGGAUAACAAUGGACUGACAACAAGCACAGUGUGGCAGUUUCAGCCUUGAGCUGUUGAAGUUCCUCCAGUAGGGGAUAUAGCUAUGUUUGGGUUUAACCUGAAAAGACUCUCUGGUUCAAAGAAGGUGAUUUGUGUUAAAUGGUAAAUCUUGCUUUGAAAAUAUGAAGGUUAAAAUUU